AAACAGUUGUGUUCCCUGGGUCCUACCUACUUCUGGACUUCUUCUUAUGGAAGUCAAGUGUCCAUAUUGUUAAGUCAGACUGAGUUGGGUUUUCUGUUUUCUCACACUUUUAGUGGAUGUCAGCCUAAAUGAUGCCCACAUGUUAUCUUGUUUAAUCCUCAUACCAACUCAGAGAGUUUUAUUCUUUCUGUUUUCCAGAUGGAAAAGGUAAGCCCCAAAGAGAUUAAGUUACAUGCUAGAGGUCACACAGCUAGUCAGUUGCAGAAUCCAGAUUCCCAGACCAUCUGACUGAUGCCAAAGCCAUGAAUACUACAGCACUCCAAGAAGACGGACCCUCCCGCAGAAACAACACCAGGGCUGAGCUGAGUCAGAAGCCACAGGAAUGGAAGGUCUGGAAGCCGCCAGGGAUCGCCACAAAAGAAACACUUGCUUUGUUAAAAUCUUCAAGUAUCAUAUGACACAAUAAUCAUGGCAUUUAGCCCUCCCCCACCCCUAAGCAGCCCAGCUUCAGCAAAGGAGGCCUGGGCACAGGAAUGGAUUGUUGCUAGAAACCUGGCUUCAGCUGGAGGAAGUCAGAAGACCGGGCUGAUGGCCGCGCAGACAGAGCUGUGUUUAUCCAGGAAAAGAGCCCCGCUCCGCCGAGCACUCCCAUCUGAGACGAGAUUUGGACCCUCUCCACCCUGCGGAAUUCGGAAUUCCAUUACCCCACCCACCGCAUGUGGCUCUUGGAAAAAGCUGGCUAUAAGGUGGGGGCCGCGGAGCCUGCGGCCCGUUGGGCGCCUUCCGGCCUGUUCUCCAAGCGUCGCGUCCCGGGCCCGCCCACGAGCGCCUGCCCCAACGUCCUCACCCCGGAUCGCAUCCCGCAGUUCUUCAUCCCGCCUCGGCUCCCGGACCCGGGCGGCGCAGAGCCCGUGGCCCGGCGGGACGUGGCGGGGCGCGGCCUCCCCGCGACCUGCUCGCUGCCUCACCUGGCGGGCCGCGAAGGCUGGGCCUUCCUGCCGGAGAGCCCGCACACGCGCCGGCGGGAAUCCCUGUUCCACGGGCCGCCACCCGCCCCGGCCGGGGGACUCCCCGCGGCGCAGUCCCGGCUGCACGUCUCCGCCCCGGACCUGCGCCUCUGCCGGGCUCCCGACAGCGACACGGCCUCGUCGCCGGACUCGUCGCCCUUCGGCUCCCCGCGGCCGGGCCUGGGCCGGCGCCGGGUGGCCAGGCCUCACUCUCUGUCCCCAGAAAAGGCGAGCUCGGCCGAUACCAGCCCGCAGCCGCCGCGCCGCGCCGGGCCGCCCACGCCGCCGCUCUUCCACCUGGACUUCCUGUGCUGCCAGCUGCGGCCCACGCGCGAGAGCGUCCUGCGCCUGGGGCCCCGCGGCGGGCAGCUGCGGCUCUCCACCGAAUAUCAGGCCGGGCCCGGGCGGCUGCGGCUGCGCCUAGUGAGCGCCGAGGGCCUGCCCCGGCCGCGGUCCCGCCCCGGGAGCGGCGGCGGCGGCUGCUGUGUGGUGCUGAGGCUGCGGCCCCGCGUCCGGCCGCGGGAGCAGCAGAGCCGCGUGGUCAAGUG